UGUCAGUUAAAAGUCAUUGAAAAAUUAAUCAAUAAAAGAAGAAAAAAUAUCAACACCUCUCUCUAUGAAGUAAAAAAUAAACUGAGCGGGAUAUUUUUAUAUAAUGUUGUUAACAUGAAACAAAGCGAUUCAAGUUAAAAGGCGAGAAAAGAAAAGUUAUAACUUCAGUUGAGAAUUGUUCGGUUUUCUGCGAUCAUAUAUAUUUAUUUCAUACAGGAUCUUGAGAUCCUUAUCAGAGCGAGACAAAAAUGUCGAAAACCGAUUUAGAUUUAUAUUAUGAAUUGGCUAUGAAUAUUGUUCGAGAUGCAGGGCAAAUAUUACGAGAAUCAAUUAAUGGAAGAAAAACAGUCAAAGAAAAAUUAUCAAAUUGGGAUCUUGUUACGGAAUACGAUCAAAAAAUUGAAGACACAAUAAUUGGAAGAGUAAAAAAAGAAUAUCCUAAUCACAAAUUUAUAGCUGAAGAAUCAACUGGAAAAAAUUUACCCGAAUUGACUGAUGAUCCAACUUGGAUCAUUGAUCCAAUCGAUGGUACAUUAAAUUAUGUUCAUUGCUUUCCUCACACUUGCGUUGUGAUUGGAAUUGCAGUUAAAAAAGAAAUGGUUAUUGGUAUCGUUUAUAAUCCAGUAUUGGAACAACUAUUCACAGCAAGAAAAGGUCAAGGUGCCUUUUUGAAUGGAACUCCUAUUAGAACGUCAAAAAUUCAAGAUCUAUCGAGGGCUUUGGUUUGUUUGGAAUUGGGUUUCAUGAAACUUGAGAGUAUGAGAGAAUUAACAACCGAGAGACUCAAAGCAAUAAUUAAAGAAGCGCAGGGAAUUCGAACUCUUGGAGUAGCUGCAUUAACUCUAUGCUAUGUUGCAUUGGGAGUUGUCGAAGCAUAUCACAUUGAAGGACCUGGAAUUUCAACCUGGGACAUAGCUGCAGCUUCAUUAAUUAUUACUGAAGCAGGUGGUGUCGUAUUAGACAGAGAAACUGGAAAGAAGAUCAAUAUUAUGAAACCACAGGCAAUUGGUGCUUGCAAUGAAAAAAUUGCAUAUGAUAUAUUCAAUAUUAUUCGUGAAGCCGACAGAAAUGUAGAGAAGAAAAUUUAAAAUUUUACAUCUAUAAUUAUUUCGAAUACUAUUUGAAAAUACAAUCUUUAAGUAAUUCAUAAUUAUUCAUAAUAAUUAAUAAUAAAAAUAAUAAUAAUUGUAAGCUUUUAAAUAUAUUAUUAGCUCGUAAUUAUUAAUUUUAAAUAAACGACUCAAAAU